UGAAAGGUUGAGGACGUCACACUCAUGCUGCCUGGAACCACAACACGAAGCUAAAUAGCUAGCAAAACAGCUGUUUUAAAUAGUGGUAUAUUUAUUAUUUUUGUGUAUUGGUACUGUAGCGCGUUUUGGCAGAAAUGUCCGGAAAGGCUAAAGAUAUCCUACAGAUGGAUCUGUACGGUUUACUUGGCGUUGAAAGCACUGCUACAACGAAAGAGAUCAAGAAAGCGUAUCGACAGAAAGCGUUAACAUGCCAUCCAGACAAGAACCCAGACAACCCAAAAGCAGUUGAGCUCUUCCACCAGUUAUCCCAGGCUCUUGAGGUGCUAACUGAUGCCGCCGCCAAGGCUGCUUAUGACAAGAUUUGUGCUGCCAAGAAACAAGCAGAAGAAAGAAACAAGAAACUAGAUAGCAAGAGAAAGAAAAUUAAACUUGACUUGGAGGCCAGAGAGCGACAAGCAGAAGCUCAAAGCCAGGAGGAAGUGCAGAUCACUAGAACACUCGAGGAAGAGAUUGCCCGCUUGAGGGAGGAGGGAUCCAGACAGCUUGAAGAGGAGCAGAGGCUCAUCAGAGAGCAGAUCCAGAGAGAAAGAGAAGCACAUCAACACGGAGGAGACCACACUCAGAGAAACUCAGGAGUGGAGAGAUGUUCCAAGAGCAACGUAACCCCAAAAUUGAAGUUGAAGUGGAAGUGUAAAAAAGAUGAUGAGACAAAUGGAGGCUACUCUCAUGACAUUCUGUUUAAACUUCUACAAAAGUAUGGCGAUGUUUUGAAUGUGAUCAUGUCGAGUAAGAAGAAAGGAAGUGCUGUUGCAGAAUUUGCAACUGUGAGAGCUGCUGAGCUGGCUGUAAAGAAUGAAAGUGGCGUAGCUGCAAAUCCCCUGAAGAUUUCCUGGCUUGAAGGACAGCCUGAGGUUUUUGCCGCAGCUUCUCAUUCUGGGCAGUUCAUGCCUUCACAGCUAGGAUAGGGUCCAGCCGUCCCGCAGCCCUGAAUUAGCCAAACGUUGGAUGGCUGCCUUGAAGGACUGUUGUCAUGAUCUAAAAAUCCAAGAUGUUUGGCUUUUCUUACGACUCUGUCGCAGGAUCACAGGAUCGCUCCACAGAUUUUACACUUCAAGUUCAGCUUACUUGUGAGGAGGACUGCACAGACAUUUUUUUGUAGCUUUAUACGUUUUUUUGACAAUUCUGAGAAAUAGAACUCUCAGUGAUACAAUCGGGAUUAUCACUGUUUAAGCUUGGACACCAUAUAACGGGAAUGCUGCUCACUGAUGAAAACGCUGCUGCUUAUAAAUAAAAUUCAAGGGUUUUUGUGGCUUGAACCUUAAGUAGAACUAAAAGUUGAUCUGUCAUGAAAUCUGAUAGAAACUACUCUGUUGAAUUGAUUUUCUAAAUCAACUGAUUGUCUGGUCUACAAAUAAAUCUUCUUAUGAAUCUUGUUUUUGUAAGUCCUACUAGUCUGUGUAGCUCUGUUUCACAUUAUGAUAAUAUCCACUUUUUUGUUAUC